AUGCGGCACCGGGCGCACGGGUCGCUCCUGCGCCACGAGUGCGCCUACGUGCUCGGCCAGCUGCGCGACGCCGCCGCGCAGGCGUCGCUCGAGGCCGUGCUCGGGGACGAGGAAGAGGACGCGAUGCUCCGCCACGAGUGCGCCGAGGCGCUCGGCGCCAUCGGCGUCGGCGAGGCCGCGCUCGCGCGGCUCGCGGGGUCGCCCGACGCGCCCUGGGAGGUCGCCCAGACCUGCGAGAUCGCCGUCGACUUUUUGCGGUGGCGGCGCGGCGGCGCGGAGGGCCCCGUCCGCUCCGUCGCCGCGCUCGGCCGCGCGCUCGUCGGCGACGGCUCGUCGCCGCUGCUGCGCCACGAGGUCGCCUUCGUGCUGGGCCAGCUCCAGCACCCGGCGGCCCUGCCCUUCCUCGCCGAGAGCCUGCGGCGCGCCGGCGAGCACGCGAUCGUCCGCCACGAGGCCGCGGAGGCCAUCGGCGCGCUCGAGGGCUGCUGGGACGCCUGCGAGGCCAUCCUCACCGAGUUUGCCGAGGACGCCGACGCCGUCAUCGCCCAGUCCUGCGAGGUCGCCCUCGACGCCGCGGACUACUUCGGCCGGACCGGCCGCGACGACGACGACGACGGCGUGUCCUUCGCGAACCUCAAGGAGGGCCAGGUGGGGCUCCACUUCAACCUCGCCACGCAACUAACAGUGUAG